AUGGCAUCCAUCCACACCACUCCCGAUCAAAUCUCUCCUGAAGACUUGGUCGAUACCCUCGGACCUCCUCUUUCGUCUGUCCGCGACCGCAUCACUGAAGAGUUACUGCCUCUGCCCGACGAAUCCGCCAAUGACACACACGGGACUGUGUCACAAGUCACAGCCACGGCGCAACAGCACCAGGCAACUGUCGCCACCCCGGGGACUGUGUCACAAGUCACAGCCACGGCGCAACAGCACCAGGCAACUGUCGCCACCCCGGGGACUGGGUCAGAAGUCACAGCUGCGACGACACAACAACACCAGGCACAUGUCGUCACCCCGGACACGAAACCUUUCGAGUGCCCAGCGUCUGGCUGUAGCGCCCGCUUCACUCGUUUCGACUCUGCCAAGCGUCACAUCUGCACGUCGCACAAAGGUGCUGACGUUGCUGACCUUCUGCAAACGUUCAAGAAUAACAGCAACGAGGUUGCCAUUGUGUACCCAUGCCCCGAGAACACAUGUACACAGACCUUCAGCAGCAGACAGGCGCUCUCCAGGCACCAACUACGCGACCACGGAAAACAGAAGGCGCGUGGUCAUUUUCAGUGCCGGAGCGGUUGCGCAGAUGCUGCGUUUUGUACCGCGAAGGAACUCAUGCAGCAUGUUAUCACGGAUCACGACGCCUCAUGUUGUGUCGUGCGCUACUACGCCUCGUGGAGCAGGUUCGAGUCGUGCAUCGCCGCGGCAGAGUGUGACGACUUUGCCCUCGCCGAUUACGUCAAGCGUGACCACACCUGCUGCUUCCCACCAAAAGCUGCCGCGUGGGGCCUCGAACAUGUACAGGUGGAAGAAGAAUUCGUCCGGACGUGCUCUCGGCAUGGCAAUGAGCGACCAUAUCAGGGCACAAUCCGCGCUCACCGUGCAAAGGCGCCAAAACCUGUUGGGUGUUGUCCAGCAAUGAUGUGGGGGCAGGUUUGCAAGGGCGGGCGAGUGCGGGUGGUGAUGUUCAACUACCAUUCACACUCGAAGGACCUGCGUCACCUACAGCUGCCAGGCGUGUUUCGUGCAGAAGUGGCACGUCUCCUUCGUGUCUCGGCGUCUUACACGGCCAUUUAUCAUCAGGUGAAGGCGACCUUUUCCUCGCAUCCACGUAUCAGCAUUUUCAAGCAAGCGCAUGUCUACAAAGUUGCUCAGGAGUACGAGCCUGGGCGCUUUGAUGCGGAUGACGCCGCUUCUGUGUGGUACGCUGCACAAAUCUACAACAAGGAGGCUGGUGAGCAUACCCCGGUCAUCACAGCCUUGAAGCUUCAAGGUCAGGAGGCGUUUGAGUUUGGCGGGCCCGAACAGCGCGCUUCAGGCGAUUUCCCGCAAGAGUCACUGUUCAUCCUUGUGCAGACUGAUGUGUCGCCAGCCUUGUGCACGUGGCUAAUGCGUGGUGGUCGAAAGCGUCUAUGGAUGGGGAAUACCUGUGGCGCACGCCAUUGUGAGCUCAGACACUUCAGCUCCAGAUCCAAGGAUGGGCUCUCGCCGGUGAAGGACUUGGAGGAGCUCAUGAAGUGCUCAACCAUCCAAGAUUUCGAGCGCGGCAAGCGACUUUUCUCGGAGCGGUACAAGGAUGACCCAAAAGUGCUGGAUUAUUCAAGAAAGCAUUACUUUGAAUGGGCGCACCUGUGGGCUGACUACUGCAGGCGCCCCCAAGAUCCAACGACGAACAAUUAUAUCGAGUCCUUUCACCGCGUUCUCAAGGAACAACUUGACAGGAAAUCGGGGCGACGAACCAAAGAUCGCGUGAAACAGCUCAUGCGCACGAUGUCGCGGCAGCUGGACAAAAUCACAGAAUACCCCUCGGGGAUUGUCGUUGACCUUGAGGACAUUUGCACUCUCAUCGACCGCCUCACGGACAGGAUGUCCAUCAUUGCCGACGGCCAGAAGCAAUGUCGACAAGCGGGCAUCAAGCAGGAACACCCCCGGAAAAGAGUGAAGACACUGGCCCCGUCGAGACUGCGGCUGUUCCCUGUGCGCGGCCGCAGGGGAGGCAAGAAGGCGGCAAGCACUCGGGAGGGCGCGAGGAAACCGCUGUUUCAUGAUGCGUGGCAACCGAAGUCGGAGUCAAAUGACGCGGAGCCCGCAGUGCAAGGUGCCCGGCGAACGGAGCCAGUUUUCAAGGAACAGCAGCUCCAACCUCGCGGCGAGGCCUUGAGGCAGCGAAAUGAUGGUGUGUAG